AUGUUCAGGAGCCUCUCAAAGACGUCGGCACCCCAGUCCGAAACCCCACCCGCUGCGUUUUCGUCAAGCGCAAGAUCCCGGACCGGCGAUGUAUCGACCAUGCCGCGGGGCUCGGCCGGAAGGCCGUCGAGACCGUCCUCCCCUCCUUACAAGAAUUAUAUCAAUUUCCUCUCCAAUACCAACGACGAUUGGAAGGCCGAUGAAGACGAGAUGAUGGGAUAUGAUGACGACGACGGCGAUGACUUUGGGCUUCCCAGCCUCUCGAGCAUGAAGAGGAGGGCCCGGCGGCGCGAAAACGAGGACAGAAGUGUCCUGGGCAGCCAGGUACCCGGCAUUGGCAACAGCAACCCUUUAGGGAACGAAGCGAGAGCCAGACGAUAUUCUGGCAGCGCCGAUAUCGCAGUCGAGCGUCCAACGCCAUCUUACCCCAUGCCUAAGAAGAGCGAAGGCAAGAUACUCCGGCCGCAAUACAAGGAGAUAUUGAGAGACCCGGCAAAUGCUCUCCACCUCAUCAACUACCCAUCGAUACCCAGCAACGCCAGCACCAAAGAGGCCGAGGCCAUUAGCGCGAGGAGCACACGAAUCAACAAGUUCAAGAAACUCCUCCAGGCAUCGAGCAUAUCGCUUCCAGAGCUACGAAGCCUGGCCUGGUCGGGCGUGCCCGAGGAGGUGCGGGCCAUGACGUGGCAGCUCCUACUAAGUUACCUACCUACCAACAGCGAGAGAAGGGUAGCGACACUGGAGCGAAAGCGAAAGGAAUAUCUAGAUGGUGUGCGGCAGGCGUUUGACAGGGCAGGGAGCGGGGGUGGGGGCGGGACGACGGCGCCGCAGUCCGGACGGGCCAGGGGCCUGGACGAGGCCAUAUGGCACCAGAUCAGCAUCGACGCCCCGCGAACGAACCCGCACAUUGAGCUGUACGGCUACGAGGCGACACAGCGGUCUCUGGAGCGAAUCCUAUACGUGUGGGCGGUGCGGCAUCCGGCGAGCGGCUACGUCCAGGGCAUCAACGACCUGGUGACGCCCUUCUGGCAGGUUUUCCUGGGCCUGUACAUUGCCGACAGCAACAUCGAGACGGGCAUGGACCCGGGCCAGCUCCCCCGGUCAGUGCUAGAUGCCGUCGAGGCCGACUCGUUUUGGUGUCUGACCAAGCUACUCGACGGCAUCCAGGACCAUUACAUCGUCGCCCAGCCGGGCAUCCAGCGCCAGGUGGCGGCCCUGCGAGAUCUGACGGCCAGAAUCGACUCGAAGCUUUCCAAGCACCUAGACAAGGAGGGCAUCGAGUUUAUCCAGUUUAGCUUCCGCUGGAUGAACUGUCUACUCAUGCGUGAGAUUUCUGUUAACAACGUCAUUCGCAUGUGGGACACGUAUCUAUCUGAGGAGCAGGGCUUCUCCGAGUUCCACUUAUACGUGUGCGCCGCCUUUCUGGUGAAAUGGUCGUCCAAAUUGGUCGACAUGGACUUUCAGGAGAUCAUGAUGUUUCUCCAGAGCCUGCCGACCAAGGACUGGACGGAAAAGGACAUUGAGCUCCUCCUCAGCGAGGCGUACAUCUGGCAGAGUCUAUUCAAGGGGUCGGCGGCGCACCUCAAGGGUCAGCCUAGUCGGCCUGCACUGCCAAACCUACAAUUGUAA